AUGCCACGACGUGGGAUUCGGCAAUCCCACGAGGUUAGCAUUCAGAUCGCUGAUUUCCAGUCAACAUAUCUGCCCGGCGAUGUGAUUAUUGGCCAUGUAGUAGCCAAGAAGGCGUUCGGGCACGGUCCCAGAACGGACCAGACUGUGGUGAAGCUUAGAUUGUUUGGCCGCACCAAGAGCAAGAUCGUGAGCGGGUCGCAGGAGAAGACGUACCGUGGCCAAGCCGUAUUGGUCGAUGAGGAGCAGUGCAUCUUUCGCGGUACAGUCUCGGCAAAUUCCAAGCAUUCUUUUGCCAUGACCAUACCAAAGACGCCGCAGCCCGGCGUGGCCAAGACUGGUGACAGCUGGGAUAAGGAUGAGCGUGGCCUUCGCGGUAUAGAUAAGGACAGAAACUUUCUGAGCAACACGCAAGAAGACAUAACGAAACAUUCCCUCCCGGCCGUGUUUUAUUUUGGUGAUAGUAGAGCAUUGACCGGUUCUGUCUGCGAGGCUUUCGUUGAAUACUUUCUCGAGGCCACACUGGCUUGUCCUGGAGUGAGUGAUGCGAAAGCGACCCUGCCACUGUUUAUCAGGUCGCAUUCCACAGAGAAGCCUGUGGAUUACAAUGACUACAGCUUCAAUGUCAAGAGCUUCCAGCAAAUUACGAGAUCGGAGCGACUACUGCCACAGAAUAGGGACAAGAAGAUGACGUUUCGAGACAAAUCAAAGAGACUUUUCACGCCAUCCAAGGUGCCGAGUUACUCUUAUCGUGUCAGUGUUGCCACUCCUCCCGUCAUUCAACUGGACCAUCCUGCCCCGGUGCCGUUCAAGGUCCAUGUUGCCCCAAUCAUGGAACAGAACAAAAUGAUCUGUCCAGACGGCGAUAUUCGGCGCUUACCACCGAUAGAGCUUGUCUCUGUGGACAUGGAAUUGGUGGCGCUAACACGGGUGCGCUGUCCUGGCACGCUCGGUGAUCACAGCCGCGACAAGGAGACGACAUACCGUAUCCCCAUUGACGAGCCAAUAGCCCUGGCCAACUACAACAUUCCAGUAGUAGUCCAGGGAGAUUUGAAAGGCCCAGGAGAUGAGCCUAGAGACCUUUCUGAGAGGGCGAACGAGCAAACUGCACCCGGGGGCUCACCAUUCUUGGAGCCAAACUCUUUGCAUGUUGCCGUAGAGGGCGCUGUCGUACCAGAAGGCUUGAUCAAGCACAGCAGUUUCCAACCGCACGAGAAGGGGCAAUACUUUCUAGGCACGCCACUCGACUUGGGAAAUAAUCUCGACGUGAGACUCACAGAGACCAAAUCCUCGUCCCUGGGAGGGAGACCAACAACGUUUGAGAAACGCUUGUGGCCAUCCUUUGCUACAUACAACAUUGUCCUGUCGUAUCAACUGGUCUGGAAACUAAAGAUAUCUUGUGUGGGCGAGAUACACACCACUGAGGGUAGGGCUAAUGUCAACAUAUUACCACCCAGUGAAGCGCAAGGAGCUGGAAGACAGAAGAUAGGCCAAGAUGCCAUCAAGGACUACGAGCAUCUCACGGCUGCCUUGAACUUUACAAGCGAAGUUGGGGGUUUUCUCGAUCUCUUAUCAGUGUGA